AUUUAGAACGCCAGAGGGCGCUACCUUAUCCAAAAUGGUGGAUGGUGUUUAAGAAAAAUUGGCGACAAUAACAAAAUAACAAUUCAAUGUUAAAAGUAGUGUAGAAAGAAUAUAAACAUUUUUCUUCAAUCAUAAUAUUGGCAAUAUUUAAAUAAAAAUAAUAUAAAUGUCUUUUUAAAAAUUUAAUCAUCUUAUCUCUGAAAGUUUUAAUAAUUUAAACAUCAAAUUUGGAAUGAAAGUUUGAAGUUUUGCUACACAGAUAUGGACUCUAGCAAUAUGACCACAGUAGCACCUAUUAUUCCAGAAGAAAAUUUCUGCAAAUAUAUCUUAUAUGAAGAAAUACUUGAUUCUAGAGUUCGUAUUUGGGAUAUAAGCAUAAUUAUUCCAAAUACUUUAUUUCUGUUUUUCCUAUUAAUUCGUUUCAAUAGAGCUCGACUAAAAUUACGAGCUACAAGCAGUCCAAUAUUUUCAACGUUUUACAUAUUGGUAAUAGUUAAUGCAGUUAUCAGUUGUAUACGUUGUGUAGUAGCUAUGACUGUAAAUGCUGCAGCUGAUACUGGAGAUAAAGUAGAUAAGAUUCUUUGGAUAGUUGUCCGUUUUUUUCUGCUGUCAACCGAAAUCAGCGUCCUUGUUUUUGGACUUGCCUUUGGUCAUUUGGACAGCAGAACAAGUAUUCAAAGAGUGUUGAUUGUAACUUCAUGGAUAGCCCUAAUUUAUUCUUCAACACAGGGCGCUUUAGAAAUAAUUGCUCCAGAUGAAACGUUUUAUAUUGUUAAAUCAGAGAAAGGUAUAUUUAGUCAUGGAGGUAUGAUUUUCUGGUUUGUCAGUUCUCUACUGUUUUCAUUGGUGUAUCUUACGGUCCUGAUUCUGCCAUGGACAAAAUUAAGAGAGCGACUUGCACUACCAUCCAAACAAUCCUUCUACUGGUACUCACUAUUUUUAGCUGUUUUAAAUAUUUUGCAGAGUAUUGGAAGUGGUUUAAUUUUAAAAAAAAUAAACAAUGGUCUAUGUGUUGUGGACAUUACAACAUAUAUAUACUUUACCGUAUUUACUCCUUUAGUGUAUCGAACUUUCUUGGCCGAUUUCUUUAGUAUUUCACAACCAAGUAUCAUGUUUUCAUAUAAAGCCCAAGUAGAUGAUGUGGUUGAAGAUGACACUGUUAGUUUACCUCAUCAGUUAUCUUGUUCAUCAUUAAAAACUGAUUCAGAUUAUAUUUAUCAGAAUAAUUCACUCUAUGAUAGCACACACUUUGAUUCUUCUAACAUCAAUCCACUUUAUACUCAUUCACUCCAAUCACCAGAUAGCUUUCCAGGAUUUGAUGCCCCUGCAAUAUCUGGUAGCAUUAACACCUCACCACAGCAUUACCAAAGACAAACUGCUAGCAAUGGUAAUGUGGUUUCACCAUGAUAGUACAAUAUAGACAUCAAAAUUUGUAUUUAUAUAUGUGUGCUUGUGCAAUCACAAAGAUUUUGAAGUGAAUUCUUCCAGAUCAGUUUAUAAUUCCAGUUAUUAUAAUUAACAAUCUGUCAUCUGGAAAAAGAAUAUCAUUGUAAGAUACGAUUCCAAAGAGAGCUCAAGAGAAUAAGGAGUUAAAAUAUUUUCGAGUGAUAAUGCAAAUAUAUAAAUAUAUAUAUGUGAAAAUAUAUAUAUGUAUAUAUAUAGCACAUUAAAAAAACUUGCUGUAAUAAUACGUGAUCUGUUAUAAUUACUCUUUUUGUAAUGCUUCAAGAAUUCAAGAUACUUUGUUUCAUCAUUAUUGUUGCAAUUAUGAAACUGUGAUAAAUUCUAUUUAUACUAUCUAUUGUUUAAUGUUCCACUUUCUUUGACCUCCAAAAAUUGUAGUCAAGUACAUCUGUGUAACAUUUCCUUAUACAUUAGUCUGUCAUAGACGUAAUCUGUAAUAAUUUAAAUUCUUAAAGAGAAAUUUAGAUCUAGAUUACUCCAAUUUAAUGUAGUUACCAAAGCUUUUAUUAAUUUCCUCGAAAUCAAUAAAUUAUUCUGUGAGGUCACAGAGGAUAUAUUUUUAAAUAAUGUUAUAUUUUUUAAAAUUUAAUUUUUGCAUUUAUUCUAUGUGACACAAGGAGCAAACAUAAAGAUAAAGGUGUAAAGAAUUAUUAUUUAAAACGUGUAUAUUCAGUAUCGCAAUACACAAUAAUUAUUUUAAUCAACUUUUUCACCAUAUUUUGUAUAUGAUUACAUAUGGCCCAAAACUUAUUUUGUAUAGUUGAGUUGAAUGUAAUGUGUAAAUAAUAAAUAUAUCAUAGAAAAAGUGAAGAGUAAUUGUGAAAAAAACAAAAAAAAAGAUGAAAAUGAUAUCGGUUAAUAUUCAAAGUAUAGAAUUAAAUCAUGUUACGAUUCACAAACAAAUUAUAAAAGAAUUUUAAUUAAGAUUUCUUGUAUUGUAAUUAUCUCUAUUGAUGUAUAAAAAAUUAAAUUAAAAACAGAUUUGCAAUAAAA